AUGAUCGUGGUGAAGUACAGGGGCGAGGAGAAGCAGUUCGCAGCUGAAGAGAUCUCCUCCAUGGUGCUUGUCAAGAUGAAGGAGACAGCUGAGGCCUACCUCGGCACCACGGUGAAGGAUGCUGUCAUAACUGUGCCAGUCUACUUCAACGACUCGCAGCGCCAGUCCACCCUUGAUGCUGGUGCCAUUGCUGGCCUCAACGUCACGCGCAUUAUCAACGAGCCAUCCGCUGCAGCCAUCGCCUAUGGUCUCGACAAUGCGUCCGUCAACGGUGGAGCUAAGACGGUGCUGAUAUUUGAUUAUGGUGGUGGCACCUUGGAUAUCUCUAUCAUCAACAUUGACAAUGGCACCUUUAAUGUUAAGGCCACGUCUGGUGACACCCACCUUGGACUUGGAGGGGAGGAUCUCAACAACCGGAUGGUGGAGCAUUUCGUGCAGGAUUUCUUGAAGAAACACAAAAGUGACCUCAGAAGCAACCCGAAGGCGCUGAUGAAGCUUAGAGCGGCCUGCGAGAGGGCCAAAAGGAUGUUGUCUUACACGUCGCAGGCCAAGAUCGAGAUCGAGUCCCUCCACGACGGCAUUGACUUCUAUGGGACCAUCACCCGCGCCCGGUUCGAGGAGCUCAACAUGGACCUCUUCAGCAAGUGCAUUAUGCAUGUGGAGAAGUGCCUCGGUGACGCCAAGAUGGACAAGUCACGGAUUCAGGACGUCGUGCUCGUCGGGGGCUCCACCAAGAUCCCUAAGGUACAGCAGCUGCUCCAGGAAUUCUUCAACGGGAAGCAACUCUGCAAGGGCAUCAAUCCGGACGAGGCUGUCGCCUAUGGCGCUGCUGUCCAGGCCGCCAUCCUCAACGGCGAGUACAACAAGAAGAUGCAGAACUUUCUCCUGGUUGACGUCACGCCGUUGUCGCUCGGGAUAGAGACAAGAGGUAGUGACAUGUCUGUGGUGAUACCCAGGAACACUACCAUCCCCGUUAAGAUGGAGAGCGGUUACACGACCAGGUAUAUGACAAUCAGACCGUCGUGCGCUUUCCAGUGUACGAGGGUGAAGCGGGGUUGA